AUGCAAGGCCGCAAUUGUGGCAACACCUAUCCGUUUCGUCACGCCGACCUGCCGUAUAUUGUCAAGCAAACUGCAACAAGCCGCCUCCCUAUAGUUCUGGGAUAUGUCUGUGUGUCGUUUGUUGCAGUGCAGGAAAUACGCAUCAGAGACGGUAUCGUCAUCAGGAUCGGAGACUCCACUAUAUACCGGCGUGAUGCUGAUGAGAAGAAAGUACGAGGCUGCGUUCUAACUGUUAUAAACGAGCAAAAUAACUUGUUGGACGAAGUUGGGUUAACUUCGUCAAAAAGCGCCGUUGCACGACUGCGGAGUCACAGAGAAUGCAAACUCUUUGUCAUAAUUGCUCACCUAUUUAGAGAGGCCGCUGAAAAGUAUUACAAAGACGCUUUUCGUGGUGUACUGAACACGCUGACGUCCAAGAUACCCAGUCAACAGGCGGUUAUUGUCGGAUUGAUGUGA